AUGGAGUUUAAUAAGAGCCUAAUCGCUAUCAAAAUCUCUGAUUCCAUACUAGACUGGCUCCUAGUUAGGUUCUAUGGUCCACCAUACUACACUAAGAAGAAAAAGGCGUGGGGAAAUCUGUUGGCGCUUUUAGCAGCUCACCAAGGCCCUUGGGUAUGUGUGGGAGACUUCAAUUGCAUUCUGAAUGAAGAUGAACAAAUUGGGGGUUGUAAAGGUAGCUCCUCUACCACAAAUUACCUCAAGGAGCUGAUGUUCAAUCUCAAUUCUGUCGACCUUGGAUAUUCCGGGAAUAAGUUCACUUGGGCCAAAGGUAAAUGGGGUAAUGCAGUAAUUAAAAGAAGGCUUGAUAGAGGAGUGGCCAGCAUUUCCUGGAGGUUGGCUUACCCAAAAAUAACAGUUUCGCACCUCAGUGCAAUCAAUUCAAACCACGCCCCAAUUUUGUUGGAUACUUGCUUAGCUGAUAGUUUUGCUCACAGACCAUUCCGGUUUGAGGCAGUAUGGCUUAGAGAUGAAGGAUGUAAACCAGUGAUUGAAAGUACAUGGAACAAAGAAGUUCACAGGUUAGAUUUUGUUAAGUUGUAUAAAAAACAAGUUGCUACAAGGGAUGCGCUCCGCAAAUGGAACAAAGAGAUUAGACACCCAAGUCCAGUGAAUGAACUAGCAGAACAAUCCUUGCAAGCAGAGCUAUUCGAGUGGUUGAUUAGAAGUGAAAUCCUUUGGCGUCAAAAAUCAAGGGAAUUAUGGCUCAAGCUUGGAGAUAAGAAUUUCAAGUUCUUCCAUCUGUCCAUGAUCAUUUGCAGAAGGAACAACAACAUUGAUGCUAUCAAAAAAGAAGAUGGAACUUGGAUUCAUGACUCUAACCAAAUAAGAAAGCUAUUCAGGAACAAUUUUGUUGACCUAUUCAAAGAAGAUAUUGACUUCCCAGAGCACGUUGAACACCUCAUUCUCCCUUGUAUCACUGAAGAAGAGAAUGAAAUGCUAGAAAGAAUUCCAUCACCAGAGGAGAUUAAAGACACCCUGUUCCAGAUGUAG